AUGGCUGAAUAUGCCGACGAUUCCCUCACGGAGGACAUAUGGGCAUCGCCUGGCCCCGAUGGCAAAGUAGCUCCUCCAUCCGAUCGGCCCGAGACCCCUAGAACACCCAAGACCCCCAAGACGCCAAAAACGCCCGCGAACCAGCAUCAGAACGCCCCUUAUGACAGAGAGGCGUCUUUGCGCAAAGAGUUGGAGGGUGUGCGAAACAUCAAUGCUGCCAUUGAAGGCAUAAUCAGCACCCUUGACAAGGCCAAGGGCAACAUGAAUACUGUUGGCAGCACCGUAUCAAACGCAUCCACGCUCCUCAACACCUGGACCCGCAUUCUCUCCCAAACCGAACACAACCAACGGCUUAUUCUCAAUCCCAAUUGGCAAGGCGCAAGUAAUGACUUGGUACAGAUGGAGGCAGAGACGGUACAAAAGCAGCAGCUUGCCGAGAGACGGGCGGCUGAUGAGGAGAGGCGGCGCGAGGCGGCUCGGAGGAGGAGAGAAGAGGAGGACGAAGAGCGACAGAGACAGGCGGCAGUCGGGAGCGCACCGCGUGGUCGAGGAGUUUCUCGUGGGCGGGUGCGAGGCACCUCAUCGACAGCUCGUGGCCACAGCUACUCGAGUAGCACGUCGAGAAUCGGCAGAGGCGCGGCAAGCGUUCGUGGUGGAUAUCGGGGGCGAGCUAGAGGUACAGAGUGA